AUGGACGCUGCUAAAACGGUUCAGCAUGUCACCAAGAAAAGUUCCGAUCAACUGCUCAUGAAGUUUGCUGAAGUCGCUCACUCUAACAACGCCCCAAACAAGAAAAAGCCCAAGAGAGCGGAGGCUGCCGCCGCCACAGCCGCCUUGGUUGAGCGGAGGUCGCUUCUUCCGUCCGCCGCGGCCACGCGGAAGACUGCGUUGCUCCGCCAGAUUGGGAUUGGGAGGGCCCACAUCGUCAGGACUAGGGAUUUCAAAAACAAGUCGCUGUUGGGAAGCAUUGAGAAGACAUGGCGAAGAACCAUAGAAGGGGCUUCAAGAGCUUUCAUGGAGAGGCACUAUCAUCGCCAUAAACGUUUGAUCAAUGAUUUUGUUUAG